UCCACUAAAAUCUCACAGCUCUAAACAACUCGCUGUUUCUAAAAACAAAAGCAAUGCGGAAUGUUACUUUCUCUUACUGAGUUUAACAAAAAUAAAAUGAAUUUAAAAAAGUUAAACAGAGUAAAAUUGAAUAAAAGAGAGUUCUGUACUGUAUGAGAGUUUAUACUGAGAGAUGGGCCGCGGCAGUGCAGUUAUAAAAGCUCUGGUUUUCUUCUCAUUUUCUCUUCAUCUUUCAUCAGCAGUCACACACUCUCUGCAGUACCUCUACACUGCUGUUACACCAGGAAUACAUUUUCCAGAAUUCACUGUUAUGGGUCAGGUGGACGGAGAGGCAUUCGAGUACUAUGACAGUAACAUUAGGAAUGCGACCCCAAAGACAGAGUGGAUACAGAAGAUUACUGUAUAUGAGUCAGAUUACUGGAAAAGACACACACAACUUUAUCAGUUUUUGGAGGAAAAAUUCAAAACUGGUCUAAAUAUGACACUACAGCACUUUAAUCACACUACAGGUGUUCACACGGCACAGUUGAUGUACGGCUGUGGGCUCGAUGAUGACGGCACCACUAGAGGACACGCGCAAUUAGGAUAUGAUGGAGAAGAUUUCCUCAGUCUGGAUCUAAAAACUAAAACCUGGAUUUCAGCCAAACCUGGAGCUGAGAUUAACAAACAGAUUUUGGAUUAUAUUAAUGAUUUAACCACUGAUGGCCAGGUGAACUACAUGAACACCACCUGUAUUAAGAGGAUAACGACGUAUGUCUCUUAUGGCAGAGAGACUCUGAAGAGUAGAGUCCUUGUCAAGGUGUCAGUGUUCCAGAAACACUCGUCUCCUUCUCCAGAGGUGGUGUGUCACGCUACAGGUUUCUUUCCCAAAUCACUAAAUAUUACUUGGCAGAAGGACGGAGAGGACGUUCAUGAGGACGUGGAGCUGAGAGAGACGUUACCCAACCAGGAUGGAAGCUUCCAGAAGAGAAGCAUUCUGAAAGUCCCAGCUGAGGAGCUGCAGAAACACACCUACACCUGCGUGGUUCAGCACAGCAGCUUGGAGAAGGAGUUAGUGCGAGAAGUACCAAAAGGUGGAGGAUCGAUUGCUAUCAUCACUGCUGUAGUCGCGGCUCUCGUCGCCGUUGGUGCUGGAAUUGUGGUCUGGAAGAAGAAGAACUCUGGCUUCAAACCUGUUCCACCCAAACCCUCCUCUGAAGGAGAUUCUUCAACCAACAACUCUUAAAGUCUGACUGUGUGACUUCCUGUUGAACUGAAAGGGAGAAGGAUCAUGGACACACAAACACACUAUGCUUGGACUAAAGUGUAAAAAUUAAAGUUCACAACUCAAGUAUAUUUAUGUCCUAUUUUGGAAACAUGUAACUGUCAGUAUUUUGUCAUUAAUGUUAACACUUGAAAUACACUUAGAGUAUAAAGAACUUUAAUUAGGAAAUACUCUCUUAAACAUUAUUACUGAUAUUUGACCUUGCUAUGACCUUGGUAUUAUUUUGUUCAAGUCCAAAAGCUAAUCAGUUUAUUUGUGUGUUUUUUUUUUUUUUAUAUAAUAGAAAUUCCAUAUACAGUUCCCUGUAACACACCACAAUGGACUUGUAUGUGAUUGGUGUGUAGACUUCAACAAAAACAUUACAUUAACCAUUUAGGUCCUUUAUUCACAAACUCAUUUUCAUAGGCUCAAAAUGAAAUGGAGAAAACUUAAUCAUUAUUAUAAAUAUUAUUUGUAAUACCUGGGUGUAAAUGCUGUUGCAGUCAGUGAUGCCCGUCUAGAGUCCGUAGACAUUUCCAUAUGCUGAGUUUUCUUUAUCUUUGCUUGAUUGCAGAUUCAGUUCUGUGUGUGUGUGUGUGUGUGUGU